AUGAAGAAAAUGGUUAAUUUAUUUUCCUCCUCCUUUAUUUGCCUUGUCGUAUUGGCGCAACAUCCAACAUGGGGCGCAGACAUCCCGGAUGAGGUAACCAACAUUUAUAAUGAUGAACAUAAUUUGCUGAACUCGUUGAAGAACAAACUGCAUAAUUUAAAUGAAAUUAUGCAAGAGAGCGUGUCAGAAAAUUCCCAUGAAGUUGAUGAAUUGGGAGAACAGGAGGAAGAAAAUAUAGAAGUAGAGGAGCACCAACAUGGUAACACUUUGGAGGAUCCCACGGAGGCAAACGAAGGAAGCGAAAAUAGCCCUCAGGAGGAUAUCCAUAUAGAUAAUGAGGCUGAUUUCAUUGGACAAUGGAUUAAAUUCAUGGCGAAUGAAGAGGAGGUUGACGAUAAUGAUAAUGGUGAGAAAGAUUCCGAAGAGGAUGCGAAGGAAAAACAGGACGUAGACACACCAACAGGUCUGGAAGAAAACGAUGCGCCGAUUCUCGCAGCAGAUGAACCUGCACAGCCGUCAAGUGCAAGUAACGCCUCUGCACAAACGGCGCAAAAUGCCCAAGCAUCCGAAGAUAGCCAAUCAGAUAAAAACACUCAGGGGAAUGGAGUGCAAGUAUCUGUUGCUCCAGCCGGAAAUUCAGUUGAACAAGGAAAGCAAACCUUACUUCCUACGGAAUCAGAAUCAUCAGUUAGCAGUGUAACAUCAAGCGCACAAAAUCCAGACGUGCAACUUCCAGUACAACAGCAACAAAGUGGGGAAGUGAUAAAUGGAGGACAAAACGACGCACCUGCAGGUGUUCAAGCUAAUCCAACGGAUGUCCAAUUACCAACAGUAGGAGUGCAGAACACAACAACAGGAGAACACAGCACCAACUCGAACGAUGCCAAAAUUAACUACUUGGACGAACUUUAUGAUGAGAUUAUAACCACUCCGGAUAUUAAGAAAAAGAUGCAGAAUUCAUCCUACAAGACGAAGUACAAGCUCAGCUUGAACCCUGCGGAAUAUCAAAUUGUGAAGAAACUAUUUGAACUCGGAUUUGGAAAUGAAAACGAAUCUUCAGCUGGUACUUCGCUGGUUGAAGUUUUUAAAAAAGUGCUAGAUGACGAGAAAUUUCAGAAGGAGUUUGACAACAUUGUACAGGGGUUCUAUGGAUUUGCCAAGAGACACAACUACAUAAGUCAGGAACAGAUGAAUAACACAAGCCACACCAAUCUGCUAAAGAACGCCAUUAACUUGAUGAACACCUUAUGA